UAAUCACUGGAAAAAUGAUGAGAAACUUUAUAUUUCAAAACCUUCUUCAUAUGAUCUUAAUUGUCUUCCUCUCCACUUUAUGUAGCUACUUUCUCUGGAAAAUCGUCCUUUCCACUAUAAUCCUUAAGAUAACAAGCAAAUUUAUAAGUAUAAGAAAUCAGAAUACCAAUAAACUCCCUCCUGGUCCAAAACCAUGGCCUUUAGUUGGGAGCCUUCCUGAAAUGCUACUAAGCGAUAAGCCAGCAUUUGUGUGGAUACAUAAACUUAUGCAAGAAAUGGAUACCGAAAUCGCUUGCAUUCGUCUUGGCAAUGUCCAUGUCAUUCCUGUCACUUCUGCUGAGCUUGCUUGCCGAUUCCUGAAGGAGCAAGACUCGGUUUUCUCAUCGAGGCCUAUUUGCAUGUCCUCGAGCCUCGUUAGCAAUGGCUACAUGACCACAACUUUUCUCCCUAUGGGUGAUCAAUGGGUGAAAAUGAGACGAUUACUUGCUUCCCAUGUGCUCUCACCAACAUCUCUUCAAUGGCUUCGUCAUAAGAGGGACGAAGAAGCUGACCACCUCCUUCGAUACGUUUACAACCAAUGCAUUAACAAGUAUCGUCCUCGAGUUAUUAACUUGAGGAAGGUGACAAGAUACUAUUGUGCAAAUGUUAUUAAGAAUAUGAUUUUCAGCAAGAGAUUAUUUGUAGACGAAGAGGAGGAUGAGGAGCAAAUUGAUGCGAUUUUCACACUUUUUGAAUAUUUCCAUUCUUUUAGCAUCUCAGAUUACUUACCAUGGUUAAUUAAUUUAGAUUUAGAUGGUCACAAGGCAAUUCUCAAGGAUGCCUUUGCCACAGCAAGUAAACACACUGAUCAUGAAGUUGACCAGAGGAUUAAGAUUUGGAAGGAUGGCAACAAAUUUGUGGAAGAAGACAUCCUUGAUGUUCUUAUCAUGCUCAAAGAUACCAAUGGGAGUCCGUUGUUGAAUGUUAAAGAGAUUAAAGCGCAAGUCCUUGAAUUGAUGCUUAAUACAUUAGAUAAUCCCUCAAAUGCAGUUGAAUGGACAAUGAGACAUAUGUUGAAUCAACCAAAGAUAAUGCAAAGGGCCAUGCAAGAGAUUGACACGAUCGUUGGGAGUAAUAGAUUGGUUCAAGAAUCGGACUUGCCACGGCUAAAUUAUGUGAAAGCUUGCAUAAAAGAGGCGUUUCGACUACAUCCGGUGGCGGCGUUUAACGCUCCGCAUGUGUCUGUUGAUGAUGCUAUUGUGGGCGAAUACUUCAUCCCAAGAGGGAGUGUAGUGCUAUUAAGUCGUCUUGGACUUGGUCGAAACCCAAAUAUUUGGGAGGAUCCGUUGAAGUUCAAGCCAGAGCGCCAUCUAUUAUUAGGUGGCCCUGGUGAAGUUGUUCUCACUGAUUCAGAAUUACGUUUGUUGUCAUUUAGUAUUGGACGACGAGGUUGUCCAGCUGUGAAACUUGGUUCUCCAAUUACUACCAUGUUACUCGCUAGGCUUCUUCAAGGAUUUACUUGGAGUUUACCACUAAAGUCUCCACAAUAUGAUUUUUUUGAAUGCGAUCCCUUUUGUAACAUGCCACUUUUUGCUCUCGCAAAACCGCGAUUGUCUAGUGGCAUGUACCCUUAAUUAUGUGAAAUUAUUGUACCAUGAUGAAUAAUGCUGAACAUUAUCAAUUGCUCAGAAUCUAUAUUUCAUGAUUUUAAAGUAAAGAUCAG